UUUUUAAUAUUCAAAAUGGCAGCGCCCUUGGUUGUUUACCAAAGACUUGCAUUCCGUUUCAUUGGACCUGAAACAUACAGGAGAAAGUACCGAAACCUUAUUUUUGCUUCCGUUAUUCAAAACUGUGCGAGUUCAUCUGGUGUUAGAGUAAGGUUUGCGCCGAGCCCAACUGGCUUUCUUCACUUGGGUGGGUUGCGAACUGCAUUAUACAACUACUUGUUUGCACGUUCCCAAAAUGGAUCCUUCGUUCUUCGCAUUGAAGACACUGACAGAAGUCGUGCGGUUCCUGGAGCUGUGGAAAAACUGCAGGAAACCUUGAGAUGGGCUGAAAUUGAACCUGAUGAAGGUCCAGCAGGUGGGGUGUAUGGUCCAUACAUUCAGUCGGAGCGGCUUCACAUCUACCACAGCAACGUGAAGACACUGCUCCGCAAUGGCUGGGCUUACCCUUGUUUCUGCACGGCACGACGCCUUGAGCUGAUGAAAAAAGAAGCUGCACGGCGAGGAGAGCCGUCGAAGUAUGACAACCGCUGCAGGUCUCUCAGCCAAGAAAAGGUGCAAGAGUUAAUGUCGAAAGGGACUCCUUAUGUCAUAAGGCUAAAGCUUGAACCGACUCCUGACCCCUGGGAUGAUAUGAUCAAAGGACCAACUUCUCACAACAUCGCGGACAUUGAAGGAGACCCGAUCCUGCUGAAGUCUGACGGCUUCCCAACGUAUCACUUUGCCAAUGUGGUGGACGACCACUUCAUGGGAAUCACCCACGUCCUGAGAGGAGCUGAAUGGCUGUCGUCCACACCUAAACACAUCCUGCUAUACAAAGCGUUUGGCUGGACUCCUCCGAAGUUUGGUCAUCUACCCCUCAUAGUUAAUCCGGAUGGAUCAAAGUUGUCUAAACGGCAAGACGAUGUUCAUGUUGAACACUUCAGGAGUGCUGGGUACUUCCCCCAAGCCGUGUUGAACUACAUCACCUCCAUAGGUGGGGGCUUCGGGCAGAGGACGCAGACCAUGGACCUGGAGGAGAUGUGUCGAACUUUCAAUGUUGAGGAUGUCAGGAGAAACGCAGGUCGCCUCGACCCCUCGUGGCUGGCUGUGGCCAAUCGUAAUAUCCUCCAGGAACGACUUGACUCCAACAUUCCUCAAGUGCGGACACAGUUGGUGCAGGCCGUCAGAGACCUUGUCAUGGAGACAUUUGGUGAUAGGAUGUGUCCAGGGCUGCUGCGAGACCAGAUCCUGGGAGAGGAAUACAUCCUGGGCGUGGUGCGGUGGAGUUUGAUCGAUGACAGAACGACCGUGCUCAAAGAUCUAGUCAGUCCUGAGCUCUCCUACCUGUGGGUGACCCCCAACCCCUCCACAUUUGACCAGCUGGCAGAGAUGGGCGUAGAGGUCGCCUCCGUCCUCUCCCUCUGUCUGGCCUGGGUGAAGCAACGCGAAGAUUUUGGCAUGGAGGCGCUGGGCGUAGAGUUGAAGACAUUCAUGAAGGAGAACAAAAUAAAGGCCAAGUCUUUCUUUCCCGUCAUCAGAAUGGCUCUCACAGGGUUGCAGCAAGGAGCGCCUUUGGCAGAGAUGAUAUCUGUGAUAGGCCGGGAUAGUGUCAUACUACGCCUCAGUACAGCGCUCAGCCGACUGACAUCUGACCGACCAUCGACUGAUGUCUGACCAACACCAGACCGACACCUGACUGACUGCUGACUGACAGCUGACUGACAGCCGAAUGAUGUGAAUGGCAGCUGACUAGUGUCUGAUCAACAGCUGACGGAUGGCCAGAUGAAAGCAUUCUGAGAUGAGGAAAAAGUUUCUCCCAACUCAUGAGGACAAAUUGAGAUUUGAUUGGAUGAAAAGGUGUGAACCACUGAAGUUGUUACAGUAGACCAUGACCAUAGCGGCACCUGCUGCAGCGAGACCAUCCCUUCAGCGGUACCUUACCGGAAUCCUCCUUUCUUUGUCUACAAUUACCUGUGCUCGGGUGUAACGGGGCAAGGAAAGACCUGAACUUGGAUACACCGGGAAAGAUCGAGCGAGCUCUUGA